AUGAAGUGCCUCCUGUUCACCCUGGGCCUGGCCCUCGUGUGUGGCAUCCAGGCCAUCAUCGUCCCCCAGACCACGAGGGCCCUGGAUUUAAGAAAGGUGGCUGGGACGUGGCACUCCUUGGCCAUGGCGGCCAGUGACAUCUCCCUCCUGGACACCGAGACCGCCCCCCCGAGAGUGUACAUCCAGGAGCUGAGACCCACCCCCGAGGGCAACCUGGAGAUCGUUCUGCGCAAAUGGGAAAACAGUGCAUGCGUUGAGGGGAACAUCGUGGCCCAGAAGACUGAGGACCCAGCCGUGUUCACGGUCGACUACCAAGGGCAAAGAAAGAUUUCCGUGCUGGACACAGACUACACCCACUACCUGUUCUUCUGCAUGGAGGCCCCCGUGCCCACCGCUGAGAGCGGCAUGAUGUGCCAGUACCUGGGCAGGACCCUGAAGGUUGACAACGAGGUCACGGAGAAAUUCAACAGAGCCCUCGAGACUCUGCCCGUGCACCUGCAGAUCAUCCCGGGUCUGACCCAGGGCAAGGCAGAAUUCUGUGGAGCUCUGUUCCUGGAAAUGAUGAACGGGCACAUCCUGCACAAGAUGCUCCGGGUCAUCGCGGGCAGGAAGACGACAGCGUCUCUGAGACCCGAGCCGGGCAGAUGCCCCCGCGGCUGGUGGGACCCGCGCUUCCCAAGCUUACCAGAAAACGGGACAUUUGCUUUUCCCUGGCUGACCACCCCGCCCGCUGCGCUGCGUGACCCUGCUCUGGAAGCCAAGCGGGGUUUAGGAGCACGGUCUCCUGUCUCACAGCUGGGGCACCGUGGACACCUGCCAAAGCCGCUGGGGCCGGGCCCACUGGCGGGGGCUUCUAUCGACAGAAGCUUAUUCUCCCCCAGUUCUGAGGCCUGA